GCCCCCGACCGACCGAGCACCAACCAACCCGUCGUCCGACCGGGCAAAAGAGAAGUUUUCCGGUCAAGUUCGCACGGACAAGAAUCAUAGGCUGUGCUUCAAUUGUCGGAAGUGCCAGCGACCUUAGUUCGCCCAAGAUUCCCGGACCAGGCGCGAUGGUCGCCGUGACGGGCCGUGAUCCUCCGAGCUCUGCGAGUUCUGAGUGCAGCGAAAACAGCGAAGACUUCGGCGGCGGUACAAUCGAUGUUCAGCUAGAGUUCGAGACCAAAGUGGAGACACCAACCUCACCCUCUGCCUCAAGGAAUCAAAACAAAACUCACCGGCGGGAAAGGACUUUUUCUGCCUCUUCGAACAAAGGUGACCCUCCAGUGAUUCGAACCAGACAGCGCACCAUAUACACAGCCGGAAGGCCUCCGUGGUACGAUAAACAUGGCCAAACCAUCGAACCAUUCGUUAUCGGUAUCUGUGGGGGCAGCGCUUCUGGUAAAACCACAGUCGCGAAGAAGAUCAUCGAAGCUCUCAACGUACCCUGGGUCACAUUGCUCAGCAUGGACUCAUUCUAUAAGGUGCUCAACGAGGACCAGCAUGAGCAAGCCGAAAAGAACAAGUACAAUUUCGAUCAUCCAGAUGCUUUCGACUUCGAUCUUUUGAUCGAUACAUUGAAGAAGCUGAAAGAAGGCAAACGGGUCGAGGUUCCCGUGUACAAUUUCGUGACACAUGCACGCGAAAAGCGCUUCAAGUUCAUGUACGGAGCGAACGUGAUCAUAUUCGAAGGAAUUUUAUGCUUCGCCCACAAAGACCUGCUCGACAUGAUGGACAUGAAGGCGUUCAUCGACACCGACUCGGAUAUUCGUCUAGCGCGUAGAUUGAAACGCGACAUAUCGGAGCGCGGUCGUGAUCUCAUUGGAUGUCUCAGUCAAUACGAGCGUUUUGUGAAGCCUUCUUACGAUCUACACAUCGCGCCCACCAUGCGGCACGCCGAUCUUGUGGUGCCCAGAGGGGGCGAGAACACAGUUGCCAUCGACCUCAUAGUGCAUCAUGUGCAUGCGCAGCUGCAAGCACGCGGAUUGAAACUCCGCUCUGCACUGGCCGAAAUCCACAACGACCAGCCGAUGCCAACCAGUCUGCACAUUCUACCCGAGACUUCGCAGGUUCGAGGGAUCCAUACGUUCAUCCGGAAUCGGGACACGGAUCGCGAUUCUUUCAUCUUCUACUCGAAGAGACUGAUGCGUUUGUUGAUCGAGGAAUCGUUGUCGCUACUUCCUUUCAAGCAGAUCAUCGUCGAGACUCAACAGAACCUCGUCUAUGAAGGCAUGAAAAGCGGAGCGGGUAAAAUCUGCGGGGUUAGCAUCCUUCGCGCCGGAGAGACGAUGGAGCAAGCAUUGUGUGACGUACUGAAAAAUGUCCGACUCGGGAAAAUCCUCAUCCAAACGAACACCAUGACCGGCGAGCCCGAACUCUACUAUCUUCGACUGCCAAAAGACAUACAGGACUACCGGAUAUUUCUGAUGGACGCAACCGUCGCCACGGGAGCCGCAUCCAUGAUGGCCAUCCGAGUCCUCCUCGACCACGACGUUCCUGAAGACAAUAUAACUUUGUGCUCACUGCUGAUGGCCUCCUCGGGAGUUCAAUCGAUCGCCUACGCCUUCCCCAAAGUACAAAUCGUCACCACAGCGGUCGAUCCCGAGAUCAACGACAAGUUUUACAUCAAGCCUGGUAUCGGAAACUUCGGAGACCGAUACUUUGGCACCGAAGCUAUUUCAUACAGCUAGAGCCUGCGGCAAAGAAGCUUUGCCUUGGAAUACUGCUCUGCGGAUGGCGAAAACGGAGAAAAAGAAGGAAAGCAUAGUCAAAGUUCCUUGAGAGAAACAAGGAAUCGAUGCACGGAGGGAGGUGCGGACCACGCGGAAUUCGCCAUGUGCGAGGCAACUCCUCGCUGCAAUGAGAAGAGUCUCUUCCAAGUACGGAUGUGCUCCUGUAUACUGUUCUUGCGACAUCCCCCAUAAUUCAUCAGCGGUC